AUGGUCGAUCCUGCCGGCGAUGGCGUCCUACUUCUGCAUGUCACCAUCGCCAUGCUAACGCUGAGUUGGGUAACGCUCGGCGCUCGGCUCGCUGUGCGAAAAUGGCUGAAGCCUGAGGCUAUGGGCGCUGACGACUAUCUGAUGUUCACUGGCCUGAUCCUAUACUCGGUCACAUGCUCCCUAGUCAUUGUCUGCUGCUUCUACGGCGCUGGACAGCUGUCGAAGGAACUCACCCCGCCUGAUAUUAUGCAAGGAACGAAGCUUUUCUUCAUCGCCGAGUUCUUCUAUUCGUCCUGCACAGUGCCUAUCAAGUCCAGCAUCUGCGUGACCCUUCUCCGCAUCGCCGAUGCUCGCCGCCGAUUCGUGUGGACCAUCUGGUUCGUCAUAGGCGCGACAGCCGUCGCCUCUGUCGUCUUCAUCCUCGUCAUCGCCAACAUCUGCCACCCCAUCACGGCGCUGUGGGGCGAAACGACCGGAGUCUGCAACCCCAUUCUCAACAGCAGUGUCAGCUUCUUCUUCUCGGCUGUGUCCAUCGUCACGGACCUGACCCUGGCGGUCCUGCCUGCCAUCCUGUUGAUGCCUUUACAAAUGAGAUGGCGUGUAAAAAUAUCGGUUGUGCUGAUGCUUGGCCUCGCUGCGUUUGCGAGCUGCGCGACCAUCAUUCGACUGAGGUACCUCACAUUAUAUAACGACCAAGCCGAAUUCAUGUUCAGUACAGGCCAAAUCGGGCUGUGGUCUGUAGUCGAAGAAGGAAUCGGUAUCUGCGCCGGGUCGAUGCCCACCCUGCGGCCCCUACUAAGCCUGUCCAUCUUUGGCGGAAGCACCAAUGCCAGUGAUGAUCCGAGUCGGGGCACGCUCCCUUUAUCCUCAUCCAACCAUUUAAAACAGGGCGAGCAAAGAGACGCGGUGAAGAUGCAGACGAUGCGGUCACCGCGGGAGAACAAAGGGCGGGGGUCCACAGAUGACGACAGUCUCAAGCACAUAUUGAAGGAAACGCAAGUCACCGUGACGGCUGAGACCUAUCACGCUGGCGAUGACCAAUGGUCAAGGAAUCAGGUAACGGGUUGGGAUAGUCGUGUCAGUCGGUAG